CAAUACUAGUUAUCGAGUGCAUUCAUCAUGAUUGUGCCAACCACGAUGAGAGAUGCGCCACGUUUAACAAUACCCAUAAAACCCCCUGAUAUUUUUUAAGGGAACUCCUCGUAUAACAAUUGUUUUGGAUCGUAUUCAACAUGGCAAUUGAAAGACUUCUGCUUUUUACAACUUGAACAAUAGAUAAAAACAUUUCCAAUAUAUAAGUGAUAGUUUAGAUAUAUCGGGGUAUUUGCUGAGAAGGUGACUGUUAUUUAGGACUUGGGUAAUUUUAAUGUUUUGAUAAAAUGAUAACUACCACAUGUAUAGUAUGCUUGAAAAUUUGGCUGGUUUUAUUAGGCUGCUCUUAGACUGUGUUUAUUUUGAGUAUUAUUCUUUUAAUUCUUGGCGAUGUAUAUCUGGCCUGUGACGGCUGAUUUGGCUUAUCUAUAUAAUAAAUUAAUGUUGUAAUUUUUGCGUGUUAAAUGCUAUAGGAAACUGUCUUGUAUUCAUUUGAAUUCAGUAAGCAACGCACUAUAUUUAUCUGAGAAGAACGAAUUCAUUUAUAAUGGAACAAAUACAAGACGAAACUUGUCCUAUUUGUUUUGAAAGCAAAGAAGAUUUAAGAAUGCUGCCAUGUUGGCAUUUCGCUUGUAUGAGUUGUAUACUUAACAUGGCACAAUGUGGCGAAGGAAGAGCUGUAAAAUGUCAUGAGUGCAGACAAACAAGUUUAUUUGAAAAUAUUCGUUACCUUCCCAAGCCUUUGAGAUGUGGAUGUUGCAAUCAAUUCCUCAAAAAUCCGAAAGUUAUGUCAUGUUGUUCAAAACUGUACUGCAUCGAUUGCAUCACGAAGCAAUCAACAGGAACAGAUGCUCGAUUGGUUUGUCCAGGGGGUUGUUCAUACCAAUUCUACAGUGUCGAUGAAUUACCAAAAUCGAAGUUAUGUAGUUUGUGUUUUCGUUUACAUUCCGACGAUGCUUUAUUGUGUGAACACUCUGUUUGUACCUGGUGUAAUCAAAAACUGCAGAAAAACGAAAGGGGGUGUCCGUUGUGUUCGGCAGUAAGAAAUCCAGCGCCAACACCGACAAAUCCCAUUCACCCCAGUCAGAACCGAAUUGAUAUAACCAUGGAAGAAUUGGAAAAUUUGAAUUAUCAACCGCAACGAAAUCAAACUGAAUUUUUGAAUGCUCUGCAAGCAUUAAACCUUAUUCAUCAAUUAAACCGAUCUGAAAACAACGGAGAAAGCAUUCAAGAAAGACAAGCUGCAAGGACGAGGAAAAUCAUUGAAGACGACUUGCCAAAAGCAUAUUUGGUUUUCACUUGCAUUUUUGUAGCUGGUUAUUUCUAUGGAAUGAAUAUCAUGUUGUGGAUUAUCUUGGGAGCAUCAAUGCUAAUCACGAGACCCCAUCUUGAAUCUGCAGUAUUUAUUUGUCGAAUCCUUAAUACAGGAUUGUUGAUAAUAAAUCUCUACCUUAAUUUUUAUCAAGUAAUCCUUUUUACACUAGUUGAAAUAGUAUUUGUUCACUUAUUAGAAAUUAUGUAUCGAGUCGCGUUCAAUGGUCGCGAUUUCUAUCGACAAACUAUUCAUUUGUGGAUUUGUUCGGCGUCUAGGCUUGCCAUAGCUUGGGCCUUUUUUCCUGACUUUUUUGUUCACAUUGUAUUGUCUGGAUGGCUUGUUAUGCUUUUGACAAAAAUACUUGAAUAUAGAAAGCGUGAGAACAUGUCAUAAAAUCUAAUAAAUAUCUUAUAUUUUGAAUAAUUAUUAUGCUUUCAUUAAAAGAUUUCUAUAAUAAUUUUUAUAAUAUUUUGCAAUUUACUUCACGACUUUCUUCCAAUAACUUUUCAAUAAUAUUGUAUGUAAUAUACUAUUUUCAUUUUAAUAUAUCAAUAAAACAUUGCGUAAAAAAUUGAUUUUGCAUAUAUUAAGACGUCAUGUAAAUUUCAAAUUAAAUCCAACGAUAAAAGUUAUGCUAUAUGCAAAUUUAUUCUGGAAAAAUACACCAAUGCGUCAGGACUGACUCAAUUUCAUUCAGUCAUGUAGUAAACAGAUUUUUUUAUCAACCAUUUACCGCUGAUAUGGACAUAAUGUUCAGCAUGUUAAAAAUGGUUUAGUUGAAAAGGCGGCAUUCAUUAUAAGUAUCACGAUGUAUCAGUUAUUAAACUUUUUAAAAAGGUAGGUAAAAUCAUUUUUAGCUUACUUCAGAUCUUCAAAUAAAAUAGCUGCGAUCUCAUUUUAGUCUUCUCGCAUUAGAUUUUUGUUUAAAAUACAAACGUUUAAAACUGUUGUGUAAAUAUAUAUAACUAGUCGUUAAACUUAAAUAACUGGUAGAUUUUAAUAACCGAAUAAGCUUAUUCAUAUUGGACGCGCAAUCUUACCAAUACGUUGUUUGUUGUGCCAUCGAAUUCCGUCAGUAUUUAACUAUAACUGGACUUCUUUUGCAUUUAAGUAUCGAUUUCUAAGCGAUUGGGUCUAAUAGUUAGAGAUACAUGCGUUUUUUUUCUUAAAUAUAAUAUCCCAAGAAGAACAACAAUUCUACAAAUCUACACUUAGGUUCACUUUAUGUCAAACAAGGGAGACAA